GUGCUUCUUGGAGUUCCGGUGCAAGUUCAGUUUGUUGAGUUCCCACGUAUGGUGUAAGGCAGUAGAGGAGGAUGUCGUCCCCUGAGAAAGAAGAAUACCUGGUCAUUGAAAAAGGGGCCAUGGGUGAUGAGUCAUCCUCGAGGCUGGGGCAGCGUGUGGUGGGGGAACAGGUGGUGGUGAACGAGGAUGGGUCCAGGACGGUCAUCAGAACUGUGGAAGAGACCUUUGAGGAGGAGGUGGAAGAGGAGUUUCACAGUAGCGCAUCAUCAGCCACGUCUACCGACAGCUCCCCAGCUAUCAAAGCACGGGGCGGGCCCAUGCGCAUCUAUAUCAAGCAGGGCUUCCGACUCUUCGGCUCUCCUGAUAGGGGAAAACACAAAGUUAAACGGAAGGUCAAACGUACCAAGCUCAGAACAGAGUCGUUCACCGAAAGAAAUGAGUUUGAGGACGCUGAUUCUGGAAUCGAAAAUGCCACCCCGGCAAAGUCACCCAGGGUAGGUCGCAAAGAAUCCAUCAAGGAAUACGUAACACAAAAGAUGCUGGAGAAUCAUCCGACGGAUGAUCCGCCGCAGCCUCGUCCCCAGCAAUCCCCCAUCAUCGGUCGGACAGGCAAACUUUACAAACGGAAGCGAAAAGAGCCGUGUCCGUAUUGUGAGUACACCAGACAGGUCCUGACCAUGAUGGGACAUGACAUGGACGAGACGGAAAAGCUGGUAUUAAAUGUGGGGAAGGUGAAAGAAUGUUUGGUCCAAGAGAUGGCAAAUAUCGAAGAAAGGCAGAGGAUCUUGAAAGAGCGUAUUGUUUACGAGGAGAGGCUGAUGAGACAGAGAAGGCUUCAGGAGCAAUACCAGAAACUGAAGAAGCUAAAAAAGAGGAAAAGAAGGCGGCAAAUGAAGCCCGUGGAACAGCCGAGUCCCAAGAAAGCAGUUGCCAUAGCGAUGCGAGUUGGUCCCGAACAGACCGAGAACAAACAGGUUGGUCUGUACAGGCUGUACAAGCCGCCAAUGCCGAUGACGGCAAGGCCACCAAAACUGGAGGAAGGCCAUCCGAUUCAUCACGAGCUAGACGUGUCAAAACCGCAUGGGCCAAAAUGUCGCUCGCACCACCAUACCGACCUGUACCCAGAGGAUGAUGGGAAGUACCACUGCCAUGGUGAUGUAAAAAUCCACAGGGGGGACAUGUAUUACACAAUUCCAUCCAAGGACCUGCUGUUCAGGAGCUAUGCACAGGAGAAGGAAGUUGAUCCAGUCACGAUAGAGAGAAUCAUGGACAAAAUCCCUCAGAUACGGAAGCAGCAGGGUGACCAUGUCAUCGUGUUGGACGAAGACAUCCUGACGUUUGGAAACUGGGAGGAAAUAAAAAGCGAAGUCAUCAUCCCCCACCACGUGCUGCGAAUGGAUGAAGCUCCUGCCAUGCCAUUGGAGAGAGAGGGUAGAGUGUCGCCAAUCACGCUUGAGAUGGGGACCUGGGACGAGGUGUUGAACGACGUCUUCCACAUCGCAAUCGACAAGGAGAUGGUGUCCAGGGAACCUCGGUAUUUAAGGGGACAAAACAAGAAUGCAUGGACAUCAAUGGAGGAAACGGAUGAGGUACCCAAGUUACAGUAUCAGGCUGCACAGAUCAAUGUGGUUGAACAGGAGGUAUUCAAACCACAGACAGAAGAAAUAGAGGUGGAGGAGGCAGAGUAUCUGAAUGGUGUCCUGCGGUCGAUAUACACCAACCUGGAACAGGUGAAUGGUGAGUUCCCUGGGUACUGUGACUCCUGCGCACAUGCCAAGCUUCACGAGGUCAUGCAGGAAGUCUUUGAAGCCGAAAUGUCACAAGUAGUGUUUGAAGAACCGAAGUACCUUGAAGGGGAGGAAGGCAAGGCCCACGUUAAGUUGGAAGAAACGAAAGAGGAGCUUCCUCCCCUUCCAUUUCACAUGCUGGCAUACGGGCAAGCAAUCAUGGACAUGUAUAGACCGAAUGCUAAGAAGGUCAGAUCUGAAUCACCACGAUACCUCCACUCAGUGGAAGACCUGGCAUAUCUACGUGAGGAGGAUUACGAUGAAGACAGCGAGAGAAUCGAAAUGGAGAGGUUGAUGGGGGAGCAGGUAAAACAAGUCCUGUGGGAGCACAGUACAGGUGAACUUCGCUCCAGUAGUCCCGAGUAUCUGAAGGCUAUGGUUUCGGAAGGUUACGUCACAGAAGAAGGAGAAGAUGGACAGAUUAGCCCCACCCCUUCCCUGCAGUCUAUCCUUAUUGGAGAGACACUGAUGGAUAUUUUCCGGGCGGAAGCAGGGGCGGUAGAGACCGAGGACCCACGUUACCACCAAGGAAUUGUUUCCAGAGAGUAUGCAGCAGAGGAAGAAAUUGAUGGCACCAUCAGAAGUGAACGUUUUGACAAAGCUGCCGUAGAGUUGAUGAGACAAGAAUCUUUCAAAACACAGUCUGGAGUUAGGAGGUCGGAACAUGCUCGUUUUUUUGCAAACGAGAACCAAUCAUAUGUUCCAGAAGAAUCCACCGGUAAAUUCUCGCCCGUCUCGUUUGAAAACGCUCUGCUUGGACAAGUCUUUGUCGACCAAUGGAAGGCUGACUUACAAACUAUAGAAGCAGAGACGGCCAGGUAUCACCAAGGGAUUGUCCAACACGAAAUUAUCAGUCGUGAAUCCAUCGAUGGAAAAGUCACCCCUCCACCGCAUCCUCAAAAUGUGGUCGUUGGACAGGCCCUGAUGGACAUAUUCAAAGCCAAUGUUGAAGAAGUCCCUCUGGAGAAGCCCAGAUACCAUGCUACAGAAAAUGACUUCCCACAAGAAUCCACAGGGAAAAUUUCUCCGUUAUCUUUUGAAAGUGCCGACUUUGGGGAGGUCUUUAUGAAAAAGUGGAAAGCAAUCCUGAAACAGGAGGAGGUUGGAGUUCCGAGGUACCACCAAGGCAUUCUGUCGGACGAAUACAUAGCGGAUGAGUGGAUAGACGGAAGAAUAUCACCCAGGCCAACUGCCCAGAACCUUCUUACAGCUCAGGUCUUGAUGGAAACAUUCAAGGCAACCACAGAGCAAGUCAGAGAAGAGAUACCUCGAUACAUGGCCAAGGAAGAUCAAACAUCACAUAGGGAGGAAUCGACAGGCAGAGUGUCCCCCGUCUCAUUCGAGAGUGCCACUUUGGGAGAGAUCUUCAUGGAAAAAUGGAGGACAAACAUCGACCUUGUCAAAGCGAGUUCACCUAGAUAUCACCACGCUGUCAUUGGAGAUGAGUACGUCGGCAGAGAAGAGGCUGAUGGGAGAUUGUCUCCUCAGCCAACUUUUAAAAACCUGCUGUCAGCCCAGGUCCUGAUGGAGACAUUCAGGGCAACUUCUGACAAAGUCCGAGCAGAGGUGCCGCAACACUUUGCCAGGGAGGGCCAAACAUCAGAGGACUCCACCGGUACUAUUUCGCCUGUUUCAUUUGAAAAUGCUACUUUUGGUGAGAUCUGCAUUAAGAAAUUCAAAGCAAUUACAAAGGAGCAGAAAACUCGACUUCCACGAUACCACCAUGCAUUUGUCUCGGACGAAUUUGUUGCAGAGGAAGGAAUAGAUGGGAGAAUUUCACCUAGCGGGAGAGCUGAGCACCUGUUAGCAGCUCAGGUUCUAAUGGAAACAUACAAGGUGACCUCUGAGCACGUGAGAACAGAGAAACCACGACAUGUGGCAAGGGAAGGUCGUACGUCAGACACAGAGGAGUCCACCGGUACCAUCCCUCCUGUCACUUUCGAAAGUGUGGCCUUAGGUGAAGUGUUCAUGGAGAAAUGGAGAACAAACCUUGACGAAGUCAAGGCACAAGCUCCGAGGUACCACCAUGGCUAUAUUUCAGAUGAAUUUGUCGGAAUGGAAGAAAUAGACGGGAGAAUUUCUCCCCAGCCAACUCUUGAUAAUCUGCUAACAGCCCAAGUACUCAUGGAAACGUUCAGGGCAACCUCUGAGCAAGUUAGAGAGCAGGUGCCGCGACACAUGGCUAAGGAAGGUCAAAUGCCAUGGAGAGAAGAAUCUACUGGAAAAGUGUCCCCAUUUUCAUUUGAGAAAGCUGAUUUGGGAGAGACAUUCAUGGAACAGUGGAGAACCAACAUCGAUCUGGUCAAAGCCAGUUCACCGAGAUACCACCAAGCUAUCAUGUCAGACGAGUAUGUAGGGGAGGAAAAAGUUGAUGGUAGACUGUCCCCUGAACCUACCCUCCAAAAUCUGUUUGCAGCGCAAACCCUAAUGGAAACAUUCAGGGCGACUUCAGGCCAAGUCCGAGCAGAGGUGCCAUGUUUCUUUGCCACUGAGGGGCGAACUUCCGGGGAGUCAGAAUCAGCUGGUCGAAUUUCUCCUGUAUCUUUCGAAAGUGUUACCUUUGAUCGAGUCUUCAUGGAGGAGUGGAGAACAAACAUUGACAGAGUGAAGGCAGAAACACCAAGAUACCACCAGGGGAUCACUUCAAAUGAGUUUCUGUAUGAGGAUGAAGUGGACGGUAGAAUUUCACCUCAGCCAAACUUUAAGAACCUGGUGACAGCUCAAGUACUGAUGGAAACCUUCCGUGCAGCGUCUCAAGAAGUCAGGGAAGAAGUACCAAGACAUGUCGCGAUGGAGGGCGAACUUUCUUUGGAAGAUGAGUCAACCGGGAAAGUCUCUCCUGUCUCGUUUGAAAGGGCUGCACUUGGGGAGAUCCUCAUGCAAAAGUGGAGAACCCAAAUUGACCUGGUGAGAGGUUCCUCUCCAAGGUACCUGCAUGCCAUCCUCUCGGAUGAAUACGUUGGGGAAGAAAGGGUGGAUGGUAGGCUGUCCCCAGAGCCGUCAUACGACAACCUCGUAGCAGCACAGACACUGAUGGAAACAUUCAAGGCUACCACAAAGCACAUCAGAGCAGAAGCACCAAGGCACUAUGCCAUGGAAGGGCAGACAGCUCUACGUGAGGAAUCUACUGGAAGAAUAUCACCAUUCACCCUGGAAGGUGCCAUGAUGGGGGAAAUCUUGCUGCAAAAGAUGAGUGCAGACUUGUCUGUAAUUGACUCACAGAAACCAAGGUACCUUCAAAGUGUUGUCUCUAAUGAGUAUAUGAGAUCUGAAGUAAUAGAUGGGAGGCUGUCACCAGAGCCCUCUAUGGAGAAGCUCAUGUUGGGGGAGGCUUUCAUGGAGACAUUCAGAGCUGCAGCAUAUGAAGUAAGGGAAGAGGUACCUCGACAUUGGGCCAGGGAGGGUCACGCAUCAUUGCUGGAGGAACAAACGGGAAGAGUGUCUCCAGUAGCAUUUGAAGCUGCAUCUCUGGGUCACAUCUUCAUGGAAAAGUGGAAAGCAAACUUGGAGAAGAUCAAGGCCGAAGAAGCAAGGUACCACCAAGCCAUAGUUCAAGAGCAGCUGUUUUGGGAGGAAAGGACAGAAGGAGAGAUCCCUCCUAACCCAAAUCUCCAGAAUCUCGUGCUUGGGCAAGCUUUGAUGGACACGUUCCGAGCCACUGAACACCACGUAAAGGCACAGGCUCCACAGUACAGGGCCACUGAAAAUUACGAAUCACUGAAAGAGGGUUCUACCGGUAGGGUAUCACCACUUUCAUUUGAAUCGGCAGUGUUUGGGGAGAUUUUCUUGGACAAGUGGAAGGCUAGCCUGGAACAGGUGAUAGCAGAAGCUCCCAGGUUCCAUCAGGCUAUUGUAAAGGAUCAGUACGUUCCAGAAGACAGGAUCGAAGGAAAGCUGUCACGCACUCCUUCCUUCAGGAAAGCAGAAAUGGACCAGGUUGCCAUGGACACACACAAAGCAAAUGCCAUGAAAGUUAUGGCCCAGUUGCCGCAGUAUCAGGCCAAGGUGAAUAAUGCAUUUUUAGAAGAAGGUACCACAGGUAAAGUGUCGCCUGUUUCCUUUGACUCUGUCAGGUAUGGAAAGAUUGUCAUGGAAAAGUCAAAGGCCAGUCUUGAGCAAGUUCAAGCAGAGAAGGCCAGGUAUCACCAGGCUAUUGUGAAAAAUCAGUACAUACAGGAGGAUACCACAGACGGAAAACUGUCUCGUGCUCCGUCAUUCAGACAAGCAGCUGUCAGUAAUACCACCAUGAAGACACUUAGAGCAGCCGCUAUGAAAGUGAAAGCACAAGCAGCUCGACACAAAGCCACAAUGAACAAAAGUGAGACACAAGAAGAGUCAACGGGUAGGAUAUCACCAGUGUCGUACCAGUCAUCCGUCACAGGCCAUGUCGUCUUUGAGAAGUUCAGGGCGAAUCUCGAGUUAGUUCAAGCAGAAGCACCGAGGUAUAAACACGGUAUCCAGAAGCAGCAGUUCCUCCAAGAGGAUCAUACCACAGCAGCUCCACCUCUACCAAACUUCGACAGACCUGUAUUUUAUGCCGUGAAACAAAAUCUUUAUCAGCAUCAGACAAACUGGGAGAGAUCGGAAAAGCCGCAGUACCUACAGGUGCAAGAACAAGAGGCCAGACUGCAUUUUGAACAAGAAGGGGAAGUGCCGCCUCUGACGUUCCAGAGAAGCGUCCACGCACAGGUGAUGUUGAAUAUGUACCGGGCAAGUCAUGAGGAACUGGAACUUGAAAUGCCUCGAUACCACCAGCCCGUUCAACACCAGGUCCAUGUCAAUUAUGAAGAAGUUGAAGAGGAGAUUCCAGUCGUGAACAUGGAGGCUGUGGAAUUUGCUCCAGUCGAACCAGCAUUUUACAGGGCAGCGCUGGAUAUGGUACGGGCAGACAUAGAUUUGAUCGAAGCAGAACUAAAGAAAGCCAACUCGCACCCAGAGUCAUAUGAAAAACUCCCAGGAUUUUCCACAGAUAGAGCAAAGGCAGUGCCGCUGGAAAAGGUAGACGUUCGCAGUGCCGAGGAAGGACUGCAGAGAAGCGAGAGUCCAUUGUAUCUGAAAUCCGUUCAAAAUACGGCAUACGUCCAUGAAUCGGAUGUGGACGACAACAUAUCAGUCGUUGAGUUUGACAGUACUGAAGCCCAGCUCAUUCCAGGUGAAAAGGUGCAGACCAUUUAUAUCAACUCCCCACAAGUUGUUCCUGUUCCUAAGAAGCCUGUACACAAAGCCACGGAAGCCAACUUAAGGAAACUCAAAGAAACAAAGGACCUGAAUCUGCCAAAGGUUGAACUCUGUAAAGCCAAACCAAGCAUAGCACUUGGACAACUCAACAAGGCCAGCGCACGUACACCCAAGAUAGAGGAAGCCUUUCAACCGAUGGAGAUGCAGAAGAUAGAACCAGCGAGGCAAGUGCGCUCUGCGCCUCCCGCAAAUCGUGCUCCACGAUUUAAACUCAAAGAAAAAGUCGAAGAGCUUUCUCUGGAAGAAACGGGUGAAUUGCCUAAAAUCCUCAAAAGGGCAGCCAAACUUGGCCUGAUUCCAAAGCUGCCAAAGCAAGCUCUCAGUGCAGAGAAAAUUCAAAGCUUGAAGAUGGAUAUCAAGUUCGCUGAGGAGCUUCAGGAGGAACUUAGCGAAGAUCACGCAAGUGAUGUGAGUGAGCUGGACAUGAAAAUGGCAGAUCUAGGCUUCAUCGAUCAAACCAGAUUUAACACAGUGGAUGUCUUUGCAGCCGAACUCCAUCACCUCAAACUUCCAAAGUUAGAAGUCUACGAGGAAAGAAAAGACGAAGUUAUCAUUGAAGAAGCGUUUGAUCUGUCUCCGUUAGUCAUGAAGUCUGCCGGUGAGAAACCUACGCCCAAGCAACUAUUUCUGAAUGUGAUUGCAGAGAAAGUCGUGAAAGAGAGUUCAGAGGUGGCCAUUGAUUUGCCAGCUGUGUCGCAACCAAUGGACAGAGCCGUUCCAAAGGUCGUGGCUGAAGAACAAAAACACAAGGCUGCUUUGACCAAAACAGGGACGCACCAGUCUCUCCACAAAGCCAAACAUGGCGUUCUACAUGUCAAAGAACAAGGAUACAAAAAGGUAGCACCGUUGGUGACUCAGGUGGCACGUGUGCGGAGCGAACCAGACGAAGUGUUCCAACAGGCACAGAUCAACGAAAUGGUCGAGAUUUGGGUACACGCAGCGCCUCCCAAACUGCACCUUGGUAAAGAAGUGUUCGUAGAUGUGAUUGAAUAUCACGCCAGUAAUAUUGAGCCAUUGGAACCAUCUACUGCAAGUCAAAGCAUGGAAGAGGUCAAAAUGGAGGAGGCAAAAGUUGCUCGAUCUGUCGUCAUGAAUCAGGGAACAGAAGGGGUGGAAGGGAUGAAGGAAGAAGCAGUACCACUGGUGCCGCCACUGCCUAAAAGACAUACUCUAAAGGCAAGCGUGGUGCCCACAGCCAUGCAGACUGCAGAGGCUGGGCAGGUAGAGACAGAGCUGGGUCUCCAUGCUGCUGAUGAGACCAUCCUAAACAUGAUCAGCAUGGAGGUCAUCUCUGACCUCGCUCCUCUCCCAACGCAGAUGGCACAGGGUUUCGACAUCCCACUUCAGGUGUACCAGAAAGUCACCCAGCAGGCUCAGAACCAAACACACGUGUACGUCCCUCCUCCAAACUUUGUCACUGGGGUAGAAGGCACCAUGCAAACUGUAGAAGAGAAAGUGUACACCAUUCCAGUUGUGCCAAGGGAAACUGGUAAGCAGAGCCUCGAGCCAGAAGGACAUUGGGAGCAAGUUCUCCUGCAAUGGGUAAAAACUGAGCUGCAACCAUACUAUGCAGAAGAGAUAGUUCUGGAAACGAAACAACUAUCUUCACAAGAAAUACCACCAGUUGCAAGGGGUGAUUCGGCAAGUGUAAGUUCCAUACCGUCACAGCAAAUGGAAACAGCGCAAUCCCAACGCAUCAGGACAAAACUGCAUCCAUACUUCGCUCAAGAGCAAGUAAUUGAUGAAAGGCAAGUGUCUGCUCAAGAAAUACCAUCUGGACCAGAUAGAGAUUCUGCAAGUGUUGGUUCCAUACCUUUGGAAGCAAUGGCUACCGCACAGUCGCAACAUAUCAGGACACAUCUGCAUCCUUACUUUGCUCAAGAACAAGUCAUUGACACCAAGCAGAUAUCUGUUCAAGAAUUGCCAUCUGGACCAGAUAGGGAUUCAGCAAGUGUUGGUUCCAUACCUUCAGAAGCAAUGGCUACUGCACGCUUGCAACAUAUCAAAACACAACUGCAUCCUUACUUUGCCCAAGAACAAGUCAUUGACACCAAGCAGAUAUCAGUUGAAGAAUUACCAUCUGGUCCAGAUAGGGAUUCAGCAAGUGUCGGUUCCAUACCUUCCGAAGCAAUGGCCACUGCACAGUUGCAACAUGUCAGGACACAACUACAUCCUUACUUUGGUCAGGAACAAGUCAUUGAUGAAAAACAAGAGUAUGUUUACUUGUACAACGUUGUCCCUCAGCACACGGCAGAAUCUAGUGAAGUGCCAGUCUUACGUCUCCAGACAGUCAGUGCAGAUGAGUUCAGGUCCAUGCUACAUCCACAUUACGCUGAGGAAGGCAGCAUGGAUACGAAACAUGAAUAUGUGUACUUCAUUCCUCCAGGUGCUCCACAGGGAGCCGCAAGAAUCAUCCGGGUUCCAUCAACAAAGCUCGGUCAAGCACGGGCAGACAGGACCCAGACAAAGCUGCUUCCAAACUUUGUCACUGGGGAAGAAGGCACUAUGCAAACUAUAGAGGAGAGGGUACAAACUAUUCCCGUUGUACCAAGUGAAACUGGAAGGCAGAGCCUCGAGCCAGAAGAACAUUGGGAGCAGGCUCUGCUACAAUUUGUAAAAACUGAGCUGCAACCGUACUACGCAGAAGAGAUUGUGCUGGAAACGAAACACGAGUCUUCUGAAGAAAUAGCACCUGUUACAAGGGGUGAUUCAGCAAAUGUUGGGGCCAUACCUUCACAUACAAUGGAUACAGCACAGUCCCAGCAUAUCAGGACACAACUGCAUCCGUAUUAUGCUCAAGAGCAAGUGAUUGGCACAAGGCAGCUGUCUGCUCAAGAAAUUCCACCUUUAUCUCGUGGUGAUUCAGCAAAUGUUGGUUCGAUACCCUCAGAAGCAAUGGAAACAGCACAGUCCCAACACAUCAGGACACAACUGCAUCCAUACUUCGGGCAAGAACAAGUCAUUGACGAAAAGCAAGAGUACGUUUACUUGUACACCGUUGUCCCUAAACCGACUAGCACAGCAGAAUCUACUGAAGUGCCAGUCCUCAGUCUUCAGAAAGUCCGAGCGGAUGAGUUCAGGUCCAUGCUACAUCCACAUUACGCUGAGGAGGGCAGUAUGGAUACGAGACAUGAAUAUGUGUACUUCAUUCCUCCUGGCGCUCCACAGGGAGCCGCAAGAAUCAUCCGGGUUCCAUCAGCAAAUCUCGGCCAAGCACAUGCAAACAGGGCCCAGACAGAGCUACGCCCACACUAUGGAAGAGAGACUAACAUACUGGAAGAGCCGAGAGUGGGGGUGACUGAAUUUGACAGUCCAAGGACCAGUGUAGCAAUAGGGGAAGAUCUCCCAUACGAAAACUAUAGAAAUGUGGUGCCCGCCCCACAGACCCAAACCUGGGUUCAUGUGCCCCCUCCUAAAAUGAGACACGCGAUGGACAGCAGUAUGCAGACUAGGGAUGAAGUGGUGUACACCAUUCCACCGAUACCCAUGCCACUUCACAAGGUUAGGAUGAUACCACUGGAAAGGGCGCAACAGGAGAGAGCCUUGAAGAGGGUCAUUCCCACACAGACUCGCGAGAUUCGCAUGGAAAUACCCGAAGAGACUGUUCACGGUAUGCCUACGGUAACCGAACAGUCUGCAAGACAGCAACGUGUACAGUUGGAAAGGUACCAGCAGGUGGAACCACCAAGAACGCAGACAUGGAUCAAAGUCGCACCACCCAAGAUGGUAGCUGCUCGAGAGGGAUCGAUGUCAGAUGUGGUGGCCGAAGUGAUAUCAGCCGUUGCCCCUAUUCCCACACAAGCUGCAAGUGAAGGCAUUGUACCAGCUGAAGUCAUGGAAAAGGUGCACGCUGCACAGCUGAAGACGCAGCAAAUGCCCAGGGAAGGUUCUGUGCGUGAACAGGUGGAAAUCAUAUCAAACAUUCCGCCUUUGUCUUCCAAUGCUGCAAAGGAGUCCUUAACCCCAGCCGGAGUCUUCCGUCAGAUACACGCCCAGCAUGUACAGAGCCACAAAAUGCACGCAGGCCAGGAGACCAUCUUAAGGGACAACCUUGAGAUCCAAAGGGAAGUCCCUCCUUUGAUGCCUAAGACCACCAUGUGGCGUCUACUUCCACAGGAUAAAACACCAAAACUUCACAGGCAGCAACAUGAUUCGCACCGUGCAUAUUCAGCAACCGAAAGCCAUGUGUCCAAGUCAAGGCUCGAGUCUGUCACUGAACUACCCGACCUCAGGCCUAAAGUUGCAAGGGAGGUUUUGACCCACGAGGAUAUCCACCAGGCCAUCAGUAGGAUACAGAGAUCCUCCAAGUCGAGGGAUCCUGCAUGUGAGAUCCAAGAAGUUGUCGCACAGCUGGUAGAAAACUCGGAUGGAUCCGUGGCCUUCAUAGAAGGGGAAAACCUUCCAUCUAUCCCAGAUUGUCCUUUCUGUGACGUACAAGAGGGCAUGAUUCAUUUUGGUCCGUCAUAUGAGCUGAAGAAGCUACAGACCACACAGGUGUUUCAAGUUGGUGAUGGGCCACAGCUGAGGAAUAUAUACGUGCGACAAGUCCAGGAUGCUCAAGGGAAGGCCCCGCUUGAGCAAACUUCACGGAUUCCACCCACACAGCGCCGGGUAGCGUCCACUGGAACUGUGAUUUCCGACGAGUACCAGAGAGCGGAUGUCGACACGCUGUACAGCAACUGGGUACCAGCAGAGCUACAGGUUACAGGAGAGCUUGAAUCCCUCAUGCAGCAGGGCAUCAUCAGGUAUAACCCAUUGCACUCAACUGUCGAAGAGGAGGAAGGUGAUGUGUAUGAUUAUGCUGACAUCUUCCAGUCGACGCAGAAAAGUGGCCGCAGAAGGACGCAAAGGGAGGGAGCGACGGUUGGAAGUAUUCCUGAUGUUGGGUACCUCACCAAGCAGUGGACCUCGGCUAGGAAUAUGACAAGGGCAAUAGAACGGGAGGGGGAUGAAAGUCUGGACAGCGAACUAAUCAUGGAGCUUACAUCGGGUGGCCUUCAUCAGGAGAAAAUUGUGCAGAAAGACGGGUGGACUUACAUCUACAUCCCUGGACCACCGGAGUCUCCUAAAAUGCAAAGACCUCGGACCACAACAAAGAUCUCCUAUCGAGAGGACAAGCCGCCAUUUGCCUUUGACUUCAGUAGGUUGAUGCACUGGACUAUUGGACGCAGAAGUGAAGUAGAAAAGAAAGCGAGGGUACCGGAAGAGCCGCACUACAUCCCCUUUGACUUUUCAAGGGUUGCAACCUGGACAGUGCACGAGUAUCAGCCGGGAUCCAACGUCCCCGAAGAGAAAACGUACAUCAGUGCAGCCUUACCUGUGCAGGUUCGCAACACUUAUUUUGUGAAGAGCAGUCCUGUGAGGCAAGAGGAUGCAGUGCGGCAAUCCCCCAGAGUAACAGUCCCUCAAGAAAUCCGGUCAGCUCCCCAAGUGCCCAGGCAUUCAAUACCUCAAGACACUAUAAAUUGGACUCAAGCAAGCCCUGCAGCCUCCCAAGUCUAUCCAAAUCUACCCAAGUCUAUGCCUCAAGAAAUUACAGAUUGGACACAGGCAAGGCAAGAGAGGAAAGCCUUUGACUUCAGUCGAGUGCAAGACUGGACCGUCAUAAAGAAGGAGACGGUAGGCGGCAACUCCGCUGUCGGACCAGAUGAGAUGCGAAUCUCGUAUUUCGAAGACGGAAAGUUAAAACAGAGGUAUUACCGACGACCUCAGUCUUCAAGAGGAUCGUCCGUACUGGUUGGUGAACAUCCUCCUGAUCUUUCAGGGUUAAAGUUCAUAAGGGCAGACGAUAUUCCUCUUCCAGAACAAGAUGGAAGUGUCCAACAUAGCAGCGCUGUCCUGCCAGGAGAGAUGUACAUCACCUAUGUUGAAAAUGGCGAGGUAAAAAAGCUGUACAUGUCAAAAACUGGGCAAAGUAUGCCUGGAGAAGUUGUUGACGCCACCUCAAGACAGGCAUACUUCCAGCCCGGUUCACAGCAGGCAAGCGAGGACGAGGACGAUAAAGCUUCCUCGAUCUCUGGUAUCUCUGGUGUGGGGAGACCGGCCAUGCAGUUCCCAUCGACACAUUAUGAAAGGGAAGGUUCGGCUCCCAAGCCUUUGUCUCCAACAGAUGAGCUGGACACACCAAAGACACUUGAGAUGACAUCAGGAAGCAGGCACGAACCUCCCAUCCCACCAGACAUCCAGUGGACCCACGCCAACGGAAUCCACGAGGUUGUUCCUUUACACAGGGAAGACCACAGGCCCUCCCAGAUGAUUGUAAAGUCCGGCAGUAGGCCAUCCACACCGGCCGAGUCAGUGGGCAGUCGACGCUCCGACAGGGUCAUCACCUACAAGUACGACAACGGGAGAAGCAGCGACGACGUUAGUCUGGUCUUGGACGCUUCUCGGCCAAGCUCGCACAGCAGUACAGCUGUGCCGAUUUACGCGACGUCCAGCCACGCUCGACCCAAGUCUCCCACACCAGACAGCAUGGCGCAUCACUCGCAUCCUCCUGUCAAUCCUCCUCCUCCGCAAACACAGCCGUCUCCACCCUCCCCUGUCGCUCCACCACGCAGGAGAAGGUCAAGUGCAAGCAGCUCAGGAAGCAACCCGUACUCAAGACCAUAUCCACCACCAGAACCCAUGGACACGUCAAGGCCUCCAGUCAGCGCCCGUUUUGCCAACAGGUAUCCCGAAGGAGACUACUCGCAAGAUCGCGAACAACCGCUAACGUUCGCAGACCACGACGUCAGGGAGGACGAGCCGGGAAAACCGAAAAAGGUCGGUAAACUGAAGAAGAGUCGGUUCUUCCCGUUCCUGAAGGGAGAUAAGAAAGGGAAGAAGACAAAGGGACACAAUGAAGCAUUUGCACCUGUAGGAGUGACUGCACCCACAGGGGAAAACAGAGACAAUCUGGAGAGAUGGGGCUAUGGUAAUUCACUUGAUCGCUGAACAGUUGACAUAUACAAGAAACAGAAGGAUCUGAAUGAUGUAGUGAAGAACAGACUGCUGGACUGUUAUAGAGGUUGAUGCUUUUGUCAAUGAUGUCACAAUCUGCCUUUACCAUCAAAAUAUAAUACAAUACAGCUCAGCUGAAUCAGUUGAAGAUUAAUGUAAAAGUGACUGUAAAUAAUUGUGAGACAAAGACAAGGUGGUGGUCAUUGUUUUCAAAGUAAAAUAUUGGUGCUAUAUUUCUAAUGGGUGAUGGAAAAGUACAGUAUUUCUACACCGUAUAUUAGGUAUUUUCCAUGUAAGGUUUUACACAAUUAGAGUAUACUUGUAUUACACAGUAAUGUUGUAUAACAACAAUUAAAGAUGAUUGUAGAUUUUGUAGAACACCUUCAAGGUAUAUUUUCGUGUGCUAGCAUCCGGGAUAUUUUGGACAAUUGCAAUUAACACUUGAAUUCUAUUGCUAGUUGCUGCUAGACUAGUAAGUGCUAGUUUCAGAUACGAUAUCACCAACUAGAGGAAACAUAUUAUAAGCACAAACUUGAGGUUUUGGACAUUUAUUACCACGUUGCCAUAAAGAAUACGGUAAAAAUGCACAAAUUUCUAACAUAUGCCAUGCCCUGUGAGAAAUCCAGUGUGCCAUCUACAAACAUUAUUGUCAACAGUCAUCAAUAAUAUAAUUAUCAAGAAUUCUUACCCAUGUUUACAAUGACUUGAUACUACCAUCCUGAAGCAACUUUCAAUAGGACCACUUUUGAAGAUUGUAAUACAUUGUAAUACAAAAUAAUUCAAAGUUUUAUUGGUACACAAACUGUAAUAUGCACACUAACUGUAGUUGCCAUCAAAUAUAUAAUUUUACUGUAUGAAAAAUGAUAUAAUACUACACAGUAACUGUAAUA